AUGAAGAGAGUAUCUACAUCAGUUUUAGGUUUGGCAGUUGUGCUACUCGUCACAAUUGCAGCCAUGAAACCAGUGAGUGGGUUCAGCUGUGUGCAGGCAAAACUCUCAUUGCUGACAUGCUUACCUUUUCUUACCACGAAUCAAGAAAGUCCAUCAAGUGUUUGUUGUAAUGCGGUGAGGAAUGUGAGAGCUUCCGCAUCUACAAAACCUGAACUUCGUGAGGCAUGUGACUGUCUUAAGGCAACCGCCAAUGAAACUCCUAAUCUAAACAAAGACAAAGCUGUUCAACUUCCUAAAUUAUGUAACGUUGAUGUGGGUUUUUCCAUCUCCAAAGACAUUGAUUGUAGCAAGAUCUCUUCUUUAGCAAGAAUUUCAGGAUGA